AUGGAUAGUAUAUGUUCCAUCCUUCUUGAAAAUGGAGAUUAUCUAAGUGAAGAUAACUUUCGUUUAAAUAUGAUGGUUUGGUAUUAUAAGGAAAACGAUCAAGAAUUAGAAAUAAAAAAGAAUAAUUUUAUAAUAAUUAAUAAAAUAUUUGAGAAAUGUAGGAUUUUAGAUAAGUCUACUUCAAAAAAUAUAAGACUAGAAAAUGUAAGAAACAAAAUGAUAUAUGAGUGUGAAAAUAUAAAAAAAUUAUAUCCUUGUGAUAAUAUAGAUUUUAAUGUAGAUGAUAUUUGCAAUUUAAAUUGUAGAAAUAUACCAACAAUAUUAAAUUAUUUAUCCAUACGAUUAUCAAAUGAUAUAAUAUAUACAAAUUUAAGUCAUUUAUUGAUUGUAAUAAAUCCAUUUAAAUGUUUAAAUGACACUAACGAAACAAUUAUAAAAAAAUACAAAUAUAAAACCAAUGAAAAAAAUUUAAAGGCUCAUAUUUUUUACAAAGCAGAAAUGGCUUUAUAUAACUUAAAUUUGAACAAAAAAAAUCAGUAUAUUAUUGUAUCAGGAGAAAGUGGUUCAGGAAAAACAGAAGCGUGUAAAAAUGCUAUGAAAUUUUUAACUUAUAAUGAAAUAAAAGGGAAAACAAAAGUUCCGGAAAUAAUUUUAAACACAAAUAUAUUAUUAGAAUUUUUUGGAAAUGCAAAAACUAUUCAUAAUAACAAUAGUAGUAGGUUUGGUAAAUCUAUUAAAUUAUAUAUUGAUGAAAAUAAUAAUGUUCAGAAUGGAUAUAUAAAAGCAUUUCUCUUAGAAAAAAGUAGAAUUAUUAAGCAAGAAAAAGAAGAAAGAAAUUUUCAUAUAUUUUAUGAAAUGUUAAAUUAUUUAAAUAAUAAUGAAAAUAUAUACUUGUAUAAUGAACAUGCCAAAAACUAUAGCACUAGCAUAGGAUAUUACGAUUUUUUGAAUAAAAGUGAUUUAAAAUUUUCUAAUGAAGAAAAAAAUAAAUUUAGUGAAAUUAUAACUGCAUUUCAUUACCUUAAUUUAAAUGAUAAACAAAUUAAUGAUAUUAUAUCAAUUUUAUUUGGUAUUUUAUUAUUAGGUAAUGUAAAAAUAGGAGAAAAAGAAAAUUCCAAUGGAAUAGUUCAGGGAGUUAUAGAAAAUUACAAAGAAUUUGAAAAAGCUUGUGAGGCUUUAUUUUUAGAUAAAGUUAUUGUAGAAAAUAUUUGUUCAACAAAAAUAACUACAAUAGGCAAAAGUGAAAUAAAAUCAUACUUUACAAGAGAAGAAAUGCAAACUAUGAUUCAUUCUUUUAGUAAAAUUAUUUAUUAUAAUUUGUUUAAUUGGAUAAUUGAUAGAAUAAACAGUUUUAUAGAUACUUCCUAUGCAAAGGAAAAUGAAAAUGAAGACAUUCAUUUAAAUAAAAAUGAGAAUAUUUCUCCUAAUAUACACUUGAAUAAUAAUAGGAAUUUUAUAGGUAUAUUAGAUAUAUUUGGUUUUGAAAUAUUUUCCAAAAAUUCACUGGAACAAUUAUUAAUAAAUAUAGCUAAUGAAAGAAUACAACAGUUUUUUCUUAAUACUGUUUUUGAAAAGGAAAAUGAAAUAUAUAUAAAAGAAAACAUUGAUGUACCACUUGUUGAAUAUACAUCAAAUGAUAAUUUAUUAGAUGUAUUAUAUAAAGAAUCUGUUUCUAUUUUAAAUUUUUUAGAAGAUUGCUGUUUAACACCUAAAAGUACUGAUUUAUCUUUUACUAUGUUAUGUAAUAAGCAUUUUGGAAUAUUAAAAAAAGAAAAUGAAAAAAGUAUUUAUAAAAUAGCAAGUAAUUCCUAUGACAAUAAAAUAAACCAAUCAUUAAAAAAAGCAAAAUCAUCUAACUCAGAUAUGAAAAAUAUAGUAAGUAAUAGUUUUUUAAAAGGAGAACAUCAAAAUUUUAAAAAAUUUUCUUCAGAAAUAUAUAUAAAAAAUAAAUCCUCAAAUUCUAAAAAAUUUACUAUUUCUCAUUCUAUAGGAAAAAUAGAAUAUACUACUGAUGAUUUCAUUUUUAAAAAUAAAGAUGUUAUAAAAUCUGAAUUCAUUGAUAUAGCAAAAAGUUCUCCAAAUGAAUUUUUUCAAAAUUUAUUUAAAGAUUGUUUUAUUGAAAAAGGAAAGUUAUCAAAAAGGUUUCUAAUUUCUUCUCAAUACAUUAAACAACUAGAUCAUUUAAUAAAUGAAAUAAAAACAUGUCAAAUUCAUUUCAUUAGAUGUAUCAAAUCUAAUGAAUUUAAUAGGGCUAAUCAUUUUGACGAAAAAAGGGUUUUUCUACAGUGCUAUUCUCUAUCUUUAUUUCAUGCUUUACAGCUUAAAAAUUUUUCUUUUUCUUAUAUAUUUACAUUUGAAGAAUUCUAUAAACAAUUUAAACUCAUUUAUUUACUGAAUAAUUUAAAUGUGCCAAUAACUGAUACCGAAAAUAAUGCAAAAAAAAAAUCUAUUUAUAUUUGUGAAAAGUGUCAGUUAUCAAUUACCUCUUACAAAAUAGGAUUAACAAAAAUUUUUUUAAAUUUAGAAUCAUUAACAAUAAUAAAAGAACAAAUGAACAAAUUAAUUAAUAAAUGGAACUCAACUGCUUCUAUUUUAUAUGCUUUUGUUAAAAGAUAUAAAAAAAAAAAAAAUUUUGAAACAAAAUGCCUCAAUUACUUACCAAGAAUUCAAGCUCAUAUAAGAAAAUAUCUACUUCUUCAUAAAAUUAUCUCACAUAUAAAUAAAAGUGAAAAAGUGAAAGCAAACAUAUUUUAA